AUGCCUAAGCCUGUAUUCCUUCGACGAUUUGCUAUGACAUUCCGACACUGUGUACGAGAGCACGCAUCAGUGGUAGAGGAGCCAAGUACUGAUUUGCUUGAAAAGGCUACCGUUCGUCCGUUUGUUCUUCUAAACUAUGUGGAUGAUAUUUUGAAGGAGAGGGAUCAUUUCGGUUUCAAGAAAAUGAUUACCAUAGAUGAUUUAUUCCAUGCACGAGUACACUAUGGCCAUAAAGUUGGAACAGUGAAUGACAGAAUGAAAUGGUCGUUAUUUGGCGAACGUUUAGGUAUUUGUAUUUUUGAUUUACAGAAAACGCGUGAAUGCUUGAUUACGGCAUUAAAUUUUGUUGCUCAUUUAGCAAUGCGUGGUGGAAUGUUCCUAUUCAUUACGACAGAAAGGAAUAAUAUGCUAAUGGUUGAGCGAAAAGCUCUAGAAAUAAAUGAGUUUGCGCACGUGCGUGGUUGGAAAGAGGAUACUUUACUUAAUGCGAAAGCAUUAUUUGGUGCACCUGUACGUUUGCCGGACACGAUCAUAUUCCUGUCUACAUUAACAUCGGUAUUAGAGACGCAUCCAGCAGUACGCGAAGCAGCAAAAAUGGUAAUUCCAACGAUUGGUAUCGUCGAUUCCAAUGCUGAUCCUACCAAUAUUACGUACCCGAUUCCCGGAAAUGAUGACUCAGUAUCCAGUGUACAGUAUUUUAUGGAUUGUUUCGUUAAAGCUGUCAAAGUGGGAAAAGAAGCACGACGGUCGUUACUUUCUAAUUAA